AUCAUAUGUAAUAGCAUGAACUCAAUUACUCAAUAAGGAUAGCCAAAUAAGGUAGUAUGUGACUAUUGGCUCAUAUCAAUUUAUUACAAAGUUCAUUCUAGACUAUACUCGUUUAAAAUGACGCCUGCUUUUUUUCUAGGUCUCUUCAUAUCAGCUCUUCUAUGGUGUCUCAAUGUUGGACAGUUGGAUGGUAGUGGGAAUGUGUUUGAUUACAAGCAAGAGAUAGAUGAUGCUGAUCCAAUGAUUGUACAAGAUCCUUUUCUCUAUUAUUUGGACUACAAGACAGUGUAUGUGAACUGUUCUGUUUAUGGAGAGUCUCCAUUUGAAGUCUCAUGGUUGUAUAGUACUGAUGAGAUAUCUAAUAGAUCCAGUGACUACACUAUCAUCAGUGGUAGUAAAGUGUCUAAUAUUGUGUACAAUCCUAACUCUGAUGAUGAAGGAUAUACGUGGUGGAACAGUUCUCUUCUUUUAAAUCCUAUUAAUAACUCAACAGUUGGAUAUUACUACUGUAGAGUCAACACCUCAUUUGGACUAAACUAUUCAAAACCAGUCUAUGUCAGGAAGCCUGAUUUACCAAGGCUAAGCUCCACAAAGUUCAAUAAAAUUGGUGACAUGGUGUUUGGAACAUGGAGAGUGAUAAGUUUUCCAUUGCCAAAUAUUCUAAUUUCAUUUCAGUUGUUGAGUAGUGAACCCAUCUACCAAAAAACAGUAUACAAUGACUAUAUGACUGCCAAUGUGUCAAACAGCUUUUACAGCACUAGUCACAAUUUUACUUAUGUAAAUGAAACAAAUGUCAAUAGCCUCACUGUACAUUGGAGUUUUCCUUUCCAUCAAUUAUUUUCAAUGCAACUAAUAGCAAUCAGUUAUGAUUGCUCAUCCCAAAAGGAACACUAUCACCAGCUAUACAAUCAUUCUGGUCAAGCUUAUGCAAGUUUUCUUUCUUUAUCAUCCACUGAACGAAAGGUCACCUUUUCAUGUCUCUGUGCAGAGUGUGAUGGUAUUGAAUGGAGACGGGACAAUGUACCACUACCAAAGAGUAGCUAUGGUGUUGUUGCACUCAAGAAAGAGAUUUGGCCUUCUCACUCAAUUAAUCUGAAACACAGCAUACUGUCAACUUCUUUCUUUGACAGCUAUCUCUAUAGCUGCCAACCAGUUUACUAUCAAAGUGAUAUAUUUGAAAUUAUUCCAGCAUAUAUUGAUGUCCCACAUGCUGAAAUCAUCAAGAGACCAGAAGCAUCAACAUACGUCCCUGGAGAAACACUCACUCAGAAAUGCUCUGCUCGUAGUCUCUAUCCAAUGACUGUCAGAUGGCAAAAAUCAAUAAACAAUCUGUUUUCAACUAUAGUUAAAACAGAUUCACUUGCAACAGAAGGCCUUUAUAAUGUAUUGAACAGUACAAUCAGCUUUAAUAUCUCCAUAAUGACACUGCUUUCUUUUAAAAUGAGGUGUAUAUUCUUUACAUACAUUUAUUUUCAACCGGAUAACUUUGCAAAAGCUCAUGGUCUGUAUCAAAAAGGACUACUAUUUGAAAGACCAAAACCAAUGACAGUGAAUAAAAUUACACAAAAUCGUGAAAUGACAAUACAAUGUAAGCCUAUUGUGAUUAAAACUUUAAAUAAAACUUCAAUUUUAAUUUUACACAGAUCCAUCAUCUAUCACGUCUAA